AUGCACGGGACAAAGCGGCCUCCAGCCAAGCUCGUGUACAAGCCGCCGAGUGAGCGCGGCCUCGUGACGGCCAAGGAAGCGUCCAACAUGAACCGCUCAACGAGUGGUAUUGCAGGCGCGCUCGACACGCUUGCGGGGCGCAUGGACAUGCUCGAGAGAGAGAUCAAGGCCGACAUGAAGGGCAAGAAGGACUACGAGGACGAGCUCUUCAAGCUCAAUACGCGCAAGGAGGACAUUAUGCGCAAGCUCGCCGAGUGCGAGCGCUGGAAUGGCAUAUUCCAGAGCAAGAUAAAGCCGCUCGAGAACUCGUACCUCGCGACAACCGUCGAGAUGAGCGAAGAGUACGACCAAGCCAAGAUCAAGCAUGCGCAGGGCCUCCAAGUUCUGAUCGACAACUUUAACUACCACCCCGAGUACAAGCGCUACAACGACGACUUUUCGGCGUGUUUCACCGACUCGCGGAGGCCCUCGAUUUCAAGUGCACGCGCAUACGGCAUGCGUCGCGACUGCUUCUCGACAACGAGGGACGAGUGUGAUGGUCCAGCAGCUGGCACCGUUGCAUUGGCCUUGCGAGACUCAACCUCGAGCUGUCCGACACGGGCCUAGUACAAUCAGGGAAUGAUAUCGAUCAUUCAACUUGGUGGUGGCUG